AAAAGGACAUUCGUUCAGUCGUCGACUCUGUUAAUUAAGCGAAACUGCGUUGCUGAAAAGCGGAACAAAUUUCACAGCUCCAAUUUAGAAACGUUGCGAUUUCACGCUCAACAAAUUGUCUAAAUUCACAGUUGAAUUGAAUUCUCCUCAUUUUCUUCAUAUUAUUGCACAUAUUAGUUUUUGAUUAUCGUAUUACUUGGUCAUAACCAAAGGUUGGCAUUCGUGUGUGCGUAAAUAGAAGCAAAAAGGCUGAAGUCCUGAAACAAUUCGCCAGCCUCAACUGCGUAGAAUCCUGGAAAAAACUACAAGGGCCUGCUGUUAAUCAGUGUUUCCGCCGGGCGUUCCGAAAUAUCCACAAUUUAAGAAAAAUCCGGGGGCGGAGACCCGCUGCUAAUUAACCCUGGGACUGCCCUAGGAGGCUGGAAAUGCAUUAACCAGGCUGCCGAAACACCGCUCGUAAAUUAUUGAAGUCCAGCAAGCUCCCAAAAUGUUGAACUGAAGACACAAAUUGUGCGAUACCUUUCCCCAAGAUCAUGUCAAAUCUUCUAUUCAUGGACAAGUCUAACGGCAAUGGAGUCUAUGCGGCGAAGCCGAAUGGAAGUGGCCACACGGACAACGAGGCUGGAAUAACUGGAACGGGACCAGGUGCUGGCACCGGUGCAACUGCAGCCAUGGCCGCCACAAACAACAUAAGCAUAAUGAACGAAGCUGCUGCUGCGGCCGCUGCUUCCGUUUCCGGUCUACCCACUUCCGCUUCUAGCGAGGAUCUCAGUCAGAGCCUUUCGGAGUACACGGAUGCCGACGAGAGCAUAUCUGCACCCACAGAAUUUUUGGCCGAGUUCCUGUCCGCGGUGAUGCUAAAGGAUUACAAAAAGGCUUUGAAAUACUGCAAAUUAAUUCUCCAGUACGAACCCAACAACGCCACGGCCAAAGAGUUCUAUCCGCUCAUCCUGGACAAGCUGCGUGGAGUGCCCACAUCCAGCGACAGCGAUGAGAACUACAAUAAAUCUUCAUCGCCCGACCUGGCUUUGGAUCUGCAUACCUCUGAUGUGGAGGCGGACGCCGACGGAGAUGGAGACGGGAACUGCGAUCCAGAUGGCGACGGCAGCGAGAGCUCUGUGGAGGAAAACGAGUGGGGCGACGACGAGAUUGAUAACGUUGAUAUGAUGGAUGGCGAGGACGAGCAGGAGAGCAGCAGCAGCGGCGAUGACUUCGAGUUGCCCAUCGACGACGCUGGGCAGGAUCCCAUCGCCCUAGCCGUCCUUCCGUCUCACUCGCACCCCAAUUCCCACAAUGAUUCCGGCUCCUCGAGAAAUUCUUCGAGCGGAGGCAGCGGUCGCAGCGACAACACCACGCACUCGUACUCGAGUCUGCUGCUCGAGGAAGAGGAUGACAUUGUUCCUUCCAGCUUGAACUUUGGCCUCAAGGAAAACCAGGCAGCUGAUUUGGACGUGAGCAAUGGCAACAAAGUGCCCUCUGCCUCGUGCAGUGAUUCCGAGUCCCCAACAGAGCCUCUGACCCAGCGCUUGGCGGCCAUCCUUCGCUCCAAGUGCGGGGUUGCCGCCGGCGGGACCGACGAGCCCUACUAGGAACCAUCCGCUCUUAAGGAAGUCCUGCGGACGCCAUAUAUGUAGAUCGCAGAGCAUAGACAGAGUUUAGCAGCUGCGCAUAUAUAAUAAAAUUAUAUAUAUUCUUGUAUCUCUUUAAAAGAAAACCCGAACCCUGCUCGACUUGUCGACAUCCCACAUUAGUGCGGUCGAUCGCUUAACGAACCUAGAAACCGUCCCAAGCAGCAUACUCUCGUAUUUCGUAUCUCGUACUUGUAUUUCUUGUAUCUUGUAUCUUGUAUCUCUGGUUGCAAUGUACUCUUCGAGCGCGAAUCUCCCUAGGAAAAACAUAUCGUACAAAACUCAAUAAGUACUUGUAUACAUCAAUACCUAUAAAUAUUAUAUAUUAUUAUAUAUAUACUCUCUACGGGGCUGGAUAAGAAGGGCCCCCACUUUGGAAGGACCUUGCUUUUUUAGAGUUGUUUAGAUGUUUUUUUCUUUUCUUCGUUCGUGUGAGGACUGUGGCGGGCAUUCUUCGUCUGCCCCUGACUAUAUAAUGUACAUGUUUAGCCUAGAACGCAGUAAUACUCAAAGCGUAGUCUCGCGUAACAGAAUCAGAAUAUAUUUUAGUAAGACACCCAUCAGAGCGCACAGGACACGGAAUGCUUUACAUAUUUGCAUCUGAUAGAGACCGAUUUUUUGCGAGACGAAAAGGAUGCGAAGGAUAAGUCUGAUAAGUUAUGGAACCGCGACCCAGGAGCGAUCGAGAGUAGAACUACAGUUGAAAUGGUCCAAAGUCACAAAACUACGUAGAUAAUGUAAAUAGAAUAUUUUGUAUCAAUACAGUGUGUACUUUAGUUUACUUUCCAACCUGAAACAUCCCUUAAUACUGAAAUUCACAUUUGUAAUCGUAGCUAAGUAUUCCUAAUUUUAAUGUUAAAUUAUAUAUAUAUAUACAAACAUAAUCCAAAUGGUCUAUAUUUAAUACUGAAUGUUUCUGAAAGAGAAUUGUAAUAAAAAACUGAAGAGCAUGGAAAGAAAGCUGGAAAAGAAACAGUGUUUUUAUUGAUGGAUAUAAAAGUUUGGAACUCAGUUUUUUGAAACAUUUGAAUCUUUAUUUUUAAAUCCAUUAUUAUCAAGGGGUUUUUAUUAUUUCAAAAAUGUUUUAACAUGACUAGCAAUCAUUUCGUAUAAUAUUCUGUCUCACUUAUAGGUUUUUAUAAAACGUUUGUGGUGAUAUUCCAAAAUGGGAUGUCUUUUAAAAACACUUUUAUGGUUUUCCUUGUUUAUAUUGAUUUAUGAAAUGCUUAAAAAAUAUACAAAAUGCUGUGUUGGCCUGUAUCUUGUAUAAUUCUAUAAAAAGUUUCGGCAACACACGGGCAAUGCGUAUUAUUAGUUUCGUUAAAGAAUAUUCCAUCUGAUAUGUAACAAACUACUUUGAUUAAAUAUACUAUUUAAUUUUUCUUCGCUCGGCAAAUAUGUCUGUCCUUAAACUGUCGUCUUAUUCUACAUUUUUUUCAUCAUUUUGUUCAUGAUAUUCCAGCACCAAUUUAAAUUAAAUAGAAAUUACAGCGUAACAAAAUUUAAUCUAUUAUUAUUAAUUCGUUUCUUGAUGUCGCAUAAAUUAUUUUCUGUUGUAUGUUGCUAAAGAAAAUCAGGUAAUGAAGCUUUGUCUUGUUUUGUUUCGUGUUGCGUAUUGUGUGUAUUUUAGUAGGUAUCUUAAUGAGAGUGUUGCGCAAACCAGUUUCAAAUCAAUUGGAAAGAUACAUAGAUGCUUUUCGAGAAUACUUGAAUACAUGUAUGUACAUAUGUAUGCUGUAACAUGGUAAGACUUACUGGCUGAGUAACAAUAAUUAACAUACUUACUCGUAACAUACUUUCUGUGCUCUACCCCAUUGCUGGAGGAAUAUCCUAUAUUCGAGUCUGAUUCUGAUUUUGAGUCCUGUGCACUUUAUAAACCUGCCUAGUCAGCAUGUACGUGUGAAUAUUGGUAUGUGAAUACAUUAUGUGUAUAUGCGCUUAAGUUAGAUUCUCAUUAAAAAGAAACUUUCAUUUGAAAACUUCAGGUGUUGCUUGUACUUUUCAGUAGAAUUAGAAUACAUUGUUAUAAUUACACAUUCAGGGUUCUUGGCACUACGAGUAUAACCUUACUACAACAGGAGGCAAUUCAAAUUAAAAUAAAAAUAAAAUUGUUAGGAUAGAGUUUCAAGUAUUUUUUCUUUUAUUUAAAAUACAACAUUAAAAAACACAUGCAAAUGUUCUGGAAAUAAAAAUAUUACGACUACGGGGUAAAAUUAAAAUUUAACGUAAAGAUAUUUGACAGAAAUUAAUAUUACUCUUAUGCUAGAUGGAGAGGAUCUCGAUAACGCACAAAAAAUAUUUUUAAAGGCUUCAAAAACAGUUUUACAGCUGCACAAAAAACUACUGCUGC